GUCGAUCUAAAUACAUCUCCCAUACUCUCUCCAUCAUUGCCAAAAAUCCCCAAAGAACCUCAGAUUAGGGUUUCUCUUUCAGUAAUUGAUCUGCAAUUACCUACUUCGAAUUCUCGAGUAGCCAUGGAGAAUCAGCAGAAGCAACUCCAGCGAGGCGCUUCGGCUCGUGGCGAAGAGAGUUCGGUCAGAGGGAUCGAUCUUAUGAGAGUUGAUCAAUGCGAGGAGAUCAGUGUAAGCCAAGCUCAUACUCUCUCGACGGUGGGAGGAACGAUUGAGCAAGAAGAGGCCCCUGUAAAGCGAAAACGAGGUCGGCCUCCGAAAGCACGUGCUAAGACGCCGUUACAAACUCAGCCACCUCCGCCGCAGAAGGAUGAUAAGGAUGAAGAUGUUUGUUUUAUCUGCUUUGACGGCGGAGACCUUGUUCUCUGUGAUCGCCGGAACUGCCCCAAGGCAUACCAUCCUGCUUGUAUUAACAGAGACGAGGCUUUCUUUCGAACAACAGCUAAAUGGAACUGCGGUUGGCACAUAUGCAGUUCAUGCCAGAAACCUUCCACUUACAUGUGUUAUACAUGCACUUUUUCUGUUUGUAAGCGGUGCAUUCCAGAUGCCGACUAUGUGUUUGUGAGAGGUAACAUGGGGCUUUGUGGCACAUGUAUUAAGCCCAUUAUGUUGAUUGAGAAUAUUUCUCAUGGAGAUAACGCAGCGGUUAAAGUGGAUUUUGAUGACAAGCUCAGUUGGGAGUAUCUGUUCAAGGUAUAUUGGCUAUGCCUGAAAGAAGAGCUGUCUCUAACUGUCGACGAGCUUAUUAGAGCAAAUAAUCCUUGGAAGUAUGUUCCCUACACUCCUAAAGUGGAGUCAAGGAAUGAGCAUACCCUUCACAAUGCUUAUUCCUCAUGCAAUUCAGCUUUAGAUCUAGCAGAGAAUGAAACAAAAAGAAGAAGGACUAGUGAUUCCCCCACCUUACCUAGCACGUUGGAUGCCCAAAUUCCAAGUAGUACCCUAAAGAAGCUUCCUGGAGACACAAAUUGGGCAACAAAAGAACUCCUCGAGUUUUUGUCAUUCAUGAGAAAUGGCGAUACAUCGGUUAUUUCUCAGGUCGACGUACAUGGUCUUCUGCUUGAGUAUAUCAAGCAAAAAAAUCUAAGGGAUCCUCAGCUGAAGUCUCAAGUUAUCUGUGACCUAAUGCUUGUGAAGUUGUUUGGAAAACAGCGAGUGGGUCACCUUGAAAUGCUUAAGCUUCUUGAGUCUCACUUUCUUAUUCGAGAGAAACCGAAAGAUGAGAAAACCACAAACGAGGAAAUUACUCAUGCCGUUCCUAGCCAAAUAGAGAAGGAUAAUGUUCACUAUCCACCGGUAAGGGAUAGAAGACGAAAGAUGCGUAGAAAAGCUGAUGGCAGAGUACAAAACGAAAAUCAACCUGAUGCAUAUGCAGCUAUUGAUGUUCACAAUAUCAACCUGAUUUAUUUGAGACGUAAAUUUUUAGAGACUCUACUUGAUGAUAUCAACAAGGUUCAAGAAAAGGUGGUUGGCUCAAUUUUGAGAAUUAGGGUAACUGGCAGCGACCAGAUGCUGGAUAUUCACAGGCUCGUUCAAGUUGUAGGUACAAGCAAGGCAGCAGCAUCCUACCAACUUGGCACAAAGACUACAAAUGUGAUGCUAGAGAUACAAAAUUUAGACAAGAGAGAAGUCAUCUCGAUUGAUCAAUUAUCAGACCAGAAUGUCACAGAGGACGAAUGCAAACGGCUGCGCCAGAGCAUAAAAUGUGGCCUCAAUAAACGUUUGACUGUGGGUGACAUAUUGAAGACGGCAGCAACACUGCAAGCCUUGAGAAUCAAUGAAGCUCUGGAAGCUGAGAUAUUAAAGGUCAAAAACCUCCUUGAUCGGGCCAGUGAGAAUGGUCAUCGAAAGGAGCUCAGAGACUGUGUAGAAAAGCUAGGGCAUCUAGAAUCACCCGAGGAACGCCAGCGGCUUCUGCAGGAAAUCCCAGAAGUUCAUACGGAUCCAAGCAUGGAUCCGAGUCAUCCAUCAGCAGAAGAUGCAGUGUUGGGUACGAGGAAACAAGAUAAUCACGUAAAGGCACAAAGUAAAAGUCCGAAGAAAGUAGGGAAUAUCAUGAACAACUUGGGAAAUAAUGCUCAGACAAAAUAUGAUGCUCCAGUUUUGCGAAGCAAAAAUGCGGUGCAUGCUACUAAGAAAGAUGAUUGUUCCAAGGUCUACAACAACUCAUCAGAUAUCCAGGAAAGUGGUAAAGAUGAUGAGGAAAGUGAAAUAUGGCAUUAUCGAGAUCCAACCGGAAAAACCCAGGGACCGUUUUCUAUGGUGCAGCUCCGCAGAUGGAAAUCUUGUGGUCAUUUCCCCCAUUAUCUUAGGAUAUGGAAAGCGAAUGAGAACCAAGACGAGUCUGUACUUUUGACUGACGCUCUUGCCGGACGGUUUGAUAAAGCAACUACUUCGUUAAAUUCCUCUUUACUUACCCAAGAACUAAAACCGUCUCCGGAUAACUCUGGACGCAGUGGCGUGGAUAGGAACUGUCUUCAGAAGAACCUUACGCCAGUCAGCACCAAUGCAACCUCCUCUUCGUCCUCAACUGUCAGUGCCCUUUCUAACGAUCAAAAAGAGAAAAAAGUUGUGACUCUUGUACCUUGCUCUGGAAAAGUUGGAGAUGAUAAUUCUGUUCUCCCCCGGCCUCAGGUUAGUUGUCCAACAUCGAUGUCUGUGGUUCCAGGACAUGUGGUUACUCCUGACGUAAGAGAAACUUCAGGAACUGACAAAUCCAGUGCUGUGCCGGCAGAUGGUAAGACUGUAGAAGAUGGAACAAAUGGCUGUUCUGUUCAUGUCCCAAACCUUAAUCAAGAAAUCCAUUUCCCUGAUAUCACUAGUCCUACACCUAAGUCGAGCCCCGAAGACUUGGAAGCUCAAGCGGCAGAGACUAUUCAGUCUCUGUCUUCAGGUGUCACAUGGAGCUCCAUCACCACAACUACCACUGAUGCUGCUACCACCACUUCGAGUGUUGUGGUCACUGGAGGACAACUUCCUCAAGUAACACAUCAGAAUGCUGUUGUUUCAGCUGCAACGUCUGUGAAGCCAGUUGAUUUAGCAGAUGAUCAUGCCACAGCUACUCAGACUUCCGACGACACCCAAGUGGCUCAUUCAUCUGGGUGGCCGGCCAUUGUGGCAGAUCCGGACGAGUGUGAUGAAUCAGUUUCGGAUCUAUUAGCCGAAGUUGAAGCAAUGGAGCAGAACGGUUUGCCUUCUUCACCCACCUCAACGUUUCACUAUGACGACGAUGAUUUGACAAAAGGGCCAGAAAAAGAUUUCUUUAACCCUGUGGCACGCAUGUCCCUCACACCUGAAACAUGCAGAAUGAAUAUCUCUCAGCCGAGUAUCCUUGACAAUCUCUCUGCGGGGAAAAGCACAAUGUGCACAGAUUCAAAAGACAACACUCUUUUCAACCACUGUGGUACCGCCAGUCCAGAGCUCCUGCUCUUUGCACCGCCCUCUACAGUUCGUCAGGACCUGACUCUGACGACAACAGCUCUCAGACUGGGAUCAGAAACCACAGUUGAAGCUGGAUCGGUCGGGAGGCUUCCCAAGUCUGUUUCGGGAGUUGGAAUGGAACCGAGCCCCAGGUCAUCAUCGUUACGUGACUCACCUCGUGGAAACACGGAGCGUAGUCCACGUGGAAAUGGAAGCCAGCAAAGGAGAUCCGGUGGGCACAGCAGAGACCGGCAAUGGUGGAACAAUGGUCACAACAGUAGCGUCAACAACAGUCAUAAUAAUCGGCAAUGGCCAUACAGUAGUAGCCAUGGGUAUGACCAUGGAUCAGGUUCAUACACAGCUCAUCCGCCCAAAGGGCUGAAGAUAUGUAAAUUCUAUGAGAGUGGAAACUGCAAAAAGGGUGCUUCUUGUAGCUUUUGGCACCCCUGAUUCUCAUCUUUUUAUAUUGUGUUUAUUUGUUUAGUUAGUAACAUCUUGAACAUCCUCUUUUGUAAAACUUUAUGUAACUCAGUAGCCGCAUGUUUAAGUAAUUACUAGAUCAUGAACCGCCCAUGCGAAUUUUUUUUGGAUGUACUUUAUAUAAUUUUGUUUUAUAUAGUUUCAAAUUUG